UGAUCAGUUUUCACAUGAUCUACGCUCAAGUUGUCAUCGCCCAUUUUUCGACACUUUUUGGACUAAAAUUGUGUAUUUAGUCCUAUACUUCCACUAGUUAGUUAAAUAAGCUUUUAAAAUGGCGUUUUGCCGUGUUGUGUUCCCGUUGUUAGUUCUAAGUGUAAUGCAAUGUUUUGCUAAUGUACAAGUACCUGCGUUCCUAUGGGGUGAUUUGGGCCAACGUUCGAUUCACCAUAGCGCCUUAGACAAGAUACCAUCCAGGGAUUUCGGUGUAAUACUGAAGCACGAGCUCGACCAGGACCCUAUGACGGUAAUUUUCAUGGAACAAACUUUGUCGGUUGAAGACUUUUCGCGUAAAACCGACGGUGAGACUCCGUUCCCGUACUUGCACUCUGUUGUUGGAGAUGCGCUGUACCUUCCCUCUGUGGAGAGUCCCCUCCGUGUCCUGAACAAAUACGCCGACCCUGAGAAGGUUGACCACGUGAAGCUUACAGAAAACGGUCUGUCCGCUGAAAUUAAACCCGAAGGAGGAAAGUUCUUAUUCAUCAACCUUAAGGAUGCUAAAGAAGACGAGUCCAGGGAAGAGCUGCUCCGUCGCCACAACGAUUUCAUGGAGGACAUGUUCACUAAGCUCCAAGAGAGGUACGGCAAGGUUGUUGCCAUUUACACUGGACACUACCCGUCGUGGACCAUCCCCGAACACUCCAGAGUGCGAAGACAGGCUACAGAGGCGGCAACUCCUUCAACCACGGACUUGUCGAUGACAGGUCUGCGUAUCAUCUUUGGCACUGUUCGCCUUAAUGACGGAACCAAUGAUGUUAUCUUGCAAGGUGCAGCAGCUGGUGAUAGUAUCGUUAACAACACUGCUAAUGAAAUGCAUUCAACGAUCACUUUUAGCAACAACGAUAAUGUUACGUUGAACUUCGCCCAGCAGUCUGGUUACUGGAUGCUGACCUCUGCAAACCUCGUCCGCACAUCCCCAGCAGUGGACGAACAUCUGAAGAUCAAGGAAGAGCUAUACGCUCUAAUGGGCUUCUCAUACCGUUGUGCUGUCAACAUCACCUUCGCUACCGUCAACGAGACCACCCCCUACACACUUACAUUCCAGAAUACUUUGAUGCAAGCCUACUUCUCCGAAAACAGCACGGACCUGGAAUUCGGUGACUCGUUCAACUGCGUCGGUUUCUUCACCGCGCCCAUCUGGGCAGGACUGUUCGUUGUCUCCAUCCUGCUUUCCAUCAUCUUCUACGGAAUCAUGAUGAUGAUGGAUAUCAACACCAACGAUCGGUUCGACGAUCCCAAAGGGAAGACCAUUACUAUCAACGCUGUGGAAUAAAGUGACUUGUUUUGACGUGAACAGACAGUUUUGUUACAACUUUUUUUCUUUUAAAGUAUUGACUGUGUUGCCAGAGGUGCUGUUUUUGAAAUGGCUUAAAAUUAUUUGAAAAAAUUUCAUCAACAGGUUCGAUACAUAUUGAUUUUUUUUUUUCAGUCAACAUACAAUAAAACGGUCUAUUCACGUCAAAAAUCGAAAUGUUUAAUUUACGUAGAUCAAAAUUAAUUUAUUAUCACAAUCAAUUGAUGGCAACCUUAAUAAAUAGGUCACUCAUCUCAAUUCAUUUUUAAAAUGGCGAAAAACACUUUCAAGUUCAGAAAUUAAAGUAGGAUUGUUAAUGCUUAUUGUGUCCAUACAAAUAUGAUUCCUAAAGAUAUAAAUCGAAGUGGUAAUGAAACACCAAAUUAUGAAGUAAUGUAUAAAAUAAUGUAGAUAUUUCAUCCUAUUUUAGUGUACGACAAUAGAUAGGGACGGAACAGAAACAAGAGUAAAAUAAGGGAGCUCAAAGAAGAAUAAACACAUUAAAAUUAGGAUUAGAUUAAAACGAAAACGUGCCUCGGUCUAAAUAUACUUCUAAACAUUGAACGAACUACGUGUGAUGCUCCCUGGCCGGACCACUAUUUAGUACGCAAUUGCGAAGGAACUCAAUACGCGCUACAUAAUGUCUACUUUCAUCUGCAUACCAAGAAAAAAAUAGUACGGCAAAGAGUUAAAAGAAAAAUGAUAUUAUUUGUGGUGCGGCCAGAGAGCAAUGCUCCCCAGCCGGACCACUGUGAAUCUCAGAAAUUACGUUAUGUAGUCAUGCAAUGAGGGUAUGAAUAAAUAGACCUAAAAUUCUACUCCUUACGUUUUUACUCUGAUCCUCGAAUCUUGUCUAGAUUAGAGUCAAUUAAAAGUUGAAUGUGGUCCGGCUGUAGAGGAUUCUCUGCAGCCAACAAAUUUUAUGGUACAAAGCUUACCAGAUUUAUUUAUGCAUUGAAAUAAAAGUAUAACAUUUCUACUUCCUACUGACGUCACUUUUUUGGAAUAAAACCUAACAUUUAUUUAAUUAUGAUCAAAAGUAAGGUGUCCGGCCAAUGAGUAUCUAAUUUAAAAACAUAUUUUUCAGUUUAUGAGACGAUAAACAUGUAUUAUCUGAAUCUAAACAAAACAUUUACAAUAAAGGUCUUAUUACAACCCUUAGAAAGCCUUAGUUUUACUUAAAAUAACAAUUAAUAAUGUUAGGAUACAAACAUGUUCUAAACGCCUGACAAAAUAUUAAUAGCUUUGCAUUUUUAUUUCGAAGCUUCCGAUAUCUGUUCGUCUGUCUGUAUAACUGUCUGUUACCGGCCUCUGCAGACCGAACGGUGAGUGCUAGGAGACUAAACUUACAGAAUAAGUGUUAUGGUAACCGCUCUCAUGGCAAAAGUAAAAUUUUCGAAUGUAUCUAUAAAAAUCUAUCUAAUGUCUAUGUAAUAUAGUGCUGUUGUAAAUAACGAUAUUUUUCCAAUAGCGGCGCUAGUUAUACAUCCUCUUCCUUUUUAUUCACUGUUGUGAUGAUGACCAUCUUUCCUUUUUGCCCCACUUAUUCUAGUCUCACGAUUUGUAUUUCGAUUGAUAUGUGUAGCCAGAAACGUUCUACGUAAGCUACAAAGAGAAAAACCAGUCAAAUGUGAGUCUACGCGGGCAAAACCGCGGGCAUCAGCUAAUUUUUAUAGAUACUUACAUUCGAAAAUUUUACUUUUGCCAUGAGAGCGGUUACCAUAACACUUAUUCUGUAAGUUUAGUCUCCUAGCACUCACCGUUCGGUCUGCAGAGGCCGGUAACAGACAGUUAUACAGACAGACGAACAGAUAUCGGAAGCUUCGAAAUAAAAAUGCAAAGCUAUUAAUAUUUUGUCAGGCGUUUAGAACAUGUUUGUAUCCUAACAUUAUUAAUUGUUAUUUUAAGUAAAACUAAGGCUUUCUAAGGGUUGUAAUAAGACCUUUAUUGUAAAUGUUUUGUUUAGAUUCAGAUAAUACAUGUUUAUCGUCUCAUAAACUGAAAAAUAUGUUUUUAAAUUAGAUACUCAUUGGCCGGACACCUUACUUUUGAUCAUAAUUAAAUAAAUGUUAGGUUUUAUUCCAAAAAAGUGACGUCAGUAGAAAGUAGAAAUGUUAUACUUUUAUUUCAAUGCAUAAAUAAAUCUGGUAAGCUUUGUACCAUAAAAUUUGUUGGCUGCAGAGAAUCCUCUACAGCCGGACCACAUUCAACUUUUAAUUGACUCUAAUCUAGACAAGAUUCGAGGAUCAGAGUAAAAACGUAAGGAGUAGAAUUUUAGGUCUAUUUAUUCAUACCCUCAUUGCAUGACUACAUAACGUAAUUUCUGAGAUUCACAGUGGUCCGGCUGGGGAGCAUUGCUCUCUGGCCGCACCACAAAUAAUAUCAUUUUUCUUUUAACUCUUUGCCGUACUAUUUUUUUCUUGGUAUGCAGAUGAAAGUAGACAUUAUGUAGCGCGUAUUGAGUUCCUUCGCAAUUGCGUACUAAAUAGUGGUCCGGCCAGGGAGCAUCACACACGAACUACUCAUAAAUAUGCAAGAGAGUAAAUAUUUUACAAAACACGAAUGAAAAUAUUUGGCGCCAAAUUACUGUUCAGAAAAAAACAUCCUUUGCCUGACGCAUUAAAAAAAACUAGUGGAAGUUUAAAAAAAUAAAUGCAAUAAAAUAUUUGGCGCCAAUUUUUCUUGCAUAUUUACGAGUUGAAAAAUAAAACAAUAAGUAAUUAUAGAUUAUAACGAUACCGUGCCUACUUCAGAAGUAUGGAAUUGUAGUAAAUAAAUAUAUAUUUCGCGUGUUUGUGAUAUGAUAGAUUUUAUUAAAUCGAGAUUCGAAGUGUUAUUUUAUUUUUAUUUCCAUAUAAUAAAUAAUUAAGUGUGCAUAUAAAAAUCUGUUAUUGGUAACAAAUAAAGUUAAAAACAAUAUAUAUAUUUUUUUUACUUGGUUAUUGUCUGAAAUAUCUACGCUUCGGAUCUCGAUUUCCAGUUUAAUAGAACGCUUUAAAAUAUUUAGAAAUACUAGUAUUCAAUGGCCUUAAAAAGUAUUUUCAAUUGUCACAGAAGUCUGAAUUAAAAUAAUAGAUAUUUCUUUUUCACAAGUAACGAUUCCAAUAAUAACGUAUUAUAUUGAGCUUGCGAUUUUAUUGAUGCAUAGAUUUUACAAAUAAAGUAAUUAAAAAUACAAUUGAGAUCCCUCCAUUUAGUGCCAAUGUCAUUCCAAGGUGUUUAAAAAGAAACCGAAUACUUAAACGUCAAAAGUUCGACAAUCGCAGCUGUCGAUCGACGACGGCAUAGAUCGAUCGUUUGGUGUGAUAUUAUAACACGAAAUGACAGGUUUUCAUUGAAGAGAAAACCAAAUAAAAAGAAGCCUAAAUACGUCCCACUACUGAGCACCCUCCCUAAUCGUUGAAAAGGGAGUUCGUAGUCUAGGCAGAAUGGUCUCAUGAUCUUAGCCCUUAUUACGAGAUGGCCAAAAACCAAAAAAUAAGUUAAAAAUAGUUAAAAAUACAAAGACGUUUUUGUAUUCGGCAGUUUACCUAGUUAACUUAAGAUUGAUGUAAGUGGCCUUCAAGUAUUUAUUAUUGUUUUUGUGCGAGAUAAAAAUCGUUUAUUCCUAAGCCAUAAAUAAAAAAAAUAUGAAAAAGAAUAUGGCGGGAACCGUAUUUAAAUAUUUUACGGAAGUAUUGCGUUUUAUCUUAUGUUCUCCAUCAAUAUUUUUUCCUUGAUUUGUAAAUAAGUUUCAUAUUAAAAUAAAUCACUUUGUUGUUUAUGUUUUGAAGUAUUAAAAAUGUGAGACCCA